AUGAGGGAUGUAACCCUGCCAGAAGGAUAUAUCCUGAUUUCACUGGACGUAGUAUCUCUUUUUACGAAUAUCCCGUUGGAUCUCAUAUUAGAAAUUCUGCGAAAAAACUGGGAUCUAAUAAAACCCCACACUACCUUAAGCAGGGAGAGCUUCAUUGAGAUCAUUGAGUUCAUAUUCAACAACGCAUACUUUGUCUUUGACGGUGAAUUUUAUGAGCAAAUAUUCGGCACACCAAUGGGGUCACCGUUGAGCGCCAUUUUGGCAACCAUCAUCUUAGACUAUCUAUUAGACAUGAUUUUACCAACAAUUUGGUUCCACAUACCCUUCUUUUACAAGUUUGUUGACGAUCUGUUUUGUGCAAUUCCAGCGGAUAAAACAGCAUUCAUUUUGGAUACAUUCAACGGAUUUAACGCAAAUUUGAAAUUCACUAUGGAAGUUGAAAGGGAUAACAGCCUACCUUUCUUAGAUACUCGAGUAAUUAGGAGUGAAAAUAAUAGGAUUCUUCUGGAUUGGUACCAGAAGCCCACUGCAUCGGGCAGAUUCAUAAAUUUUCACUCCCAGCACCCUUAUAAUCAAAAAAUAAACAUGAUUAAAGAAUUAAAAAAUAGAGUAUGCUAUAUCUCAGAUGAAUCAUUGCUGAAAAAGAACCUACGUAGGUUGUUUGAGAUUUUUCAGAAUAACGGUUACCCUAAAAAUACCCUUAACAGAUUGAUACACAAUAGGGAAUCAAGGUUGACAACAACAACUGAACAAACAAACAGUUUUAAAUUCAUGAGGAUUCCAUUCGUUAAAGAUUUGACACCCAACCUUAUAGGAGUUUUGAACAAAUUUGAAAACAUCAAACUCGCCAAAUAUAAUUUGACGAAGGUAGGUGACCUGUUCUCGAGGACCAAGGAAAGGACACCAAUAGAAUUAUGCACUAAUGCAGUAUUUAAGAUCUCAUGUCAACAUUGUGAUGGUUGUUACGUGGGCCAAACGCAACAAUGGUUGAAACAAAGAAUCACUCAACAUAGAAGUGAUUGCCGUAUUGGAAAGAACUCGUGUGCUUUAGUUAGACACUGCCAAGAAACUGGGCACAGUUUUGCUUUCGGGUUUGAUGAUAUCAGAGUGUUGGAGACAGAUUCGAAUUACAGAAAUAGGUUAUUCCUCGAAAUGUUACAGAUUGGCAAGCAGCAAAAUGCAGUGAACUUUAAAUCGGACACGGACCGUAUGAGUGCGAUUUAUAGUGACCUCUUGAAUAUUUUAUAG